AUGGAUAAAUCGUCUCGUUCGCCCAACGCCCUCGUCUCCUCUCCCUUUCGAUCCUCGCCUUCGCUGGCGCCGCCGCGGCGCUUCUGGACGUCGGGCCGCGAGGUGUCUCCGUCUCUGUCUCUCGAGGGGUCUUCGAAAGAAGACCCCCCAACGCUGAAACUCGACACAACAGCUGCUGACUCGACGGCCGAUGCAGCGGAACGAGCGCGGUUCGGAGGGCCUUUCAUGGCCGUUCAAGGCGAGGAAGGAAUGGACUGGUUGCCGGAAUUUCACGAUGAAGAAAAUGCAGAAAAUCGUACCGCGACAGGCGCCGCAGACUCACUCGCCUCAAGCCUCUCGCACCCGAACGUCUCGACAGGCGCAGUUCAGACGCUCGCAUUCAAGGCAGGGCAAGCCUUCUUCUUGAAUCCUUCUCGCGUUGGCGUUUCCCAGUGCUCUUCUUCCUGUGUUCCACUCCGCGCCGAUGCGGCUCGGGAGCCGCGAGGACUGCCGCCUGUCUCUCCGUCUCGCGCCGGAAGGCGAGACUCUCUGGAGGCUCGCGAGGAGACAGCUGCAUGCGCUGUGGCAAUGGAAGAAGCACCCGCGCCAGGGCAACCACCCGAAGAAGGGGACGAUGGCGGCUCUCAGCAGCGCCUGGAGAUCGCUCUGAGUCUCUUUGGGCUCCCUGCCGCAUGCAGGCAUGAAAGUGUCUCGCCGCGAGAGACAGAGAAGGAAGUGCAGAGCGAGCGGGGGCGAGAACGGACGCAGAAAGGCGCAGGCGAGAAGGAGACCGGCGUAGACGGAGUGACUGGAGAGCCGGUCUUAGCGCUCACUAAGGGUGAACCUGAAGCGGCAGAAGAAGCGAGAGAAGAGGACGAGGGAAAGGGAGAAGACGGAUGGAACGAGGAAGGCGCGAGGCGAGAGAAAGAGGCGGCUCGAGUCAUGUCCACUCCGCAGACGUAUGCCGAAGCCACGGACACAACAGCUGCAUGCAGAGACGAAAGGGAGCUCGCCUCGGGGGUCGAGGAGAAGACACAGGAUCCGCCGGCUUCGAAGAAAUCACUGAAAGGGAAUGAAGCGCACCAUUUCGCUCGACUUUUCAAACAGCAUGCAGUGUAUCGCCGCGUGGUGUCGUCACUCGAUGCAGAAGGAAACCAAGAGAAAGAAAAGGAGCAGUUACAAGCGCUUCUCGAGAAGGGAGACUUUGCGGAAGCGGCGGUGCUUUUGACGUCGCCACUCGCUACGUCGGGGCUCUUUUCGACUCUCGACAAAGAAUUGUUUUCACCUUUGAGUUUGCAGGAAACGGAGGAAGACACGGCGACGGAGGCGGGUGGAUCUUCGCGAAUCGACAGAGAUCGCGCCAACUGCACUUCCGUCUCUUCGACGUCUUCGCGCCCUCUCGCGGGGGAUGUCCCAUCUGCGGAGGACGGAGAGAACGCAUGUCGCCAUUCCUCGGGAGAGACCCAUUUUCCAGGAGCAGGCGAGGAAGAAACAGGCGAAGGCGACGAAUCGAUUCGCCUCGCUCGACAGGCUGAAGCUCUUGCUUGCGAGUGGAGGGAACUCGUGAGAGGUGACCCAGGCGAUGCGAGACGGCAGCAACGCAUUCUGCGACUCUCGCUGAAGGCGGCAGAAGCCUUGGGGAGCCUCGCACAGUCUCUCCGACGCCCGCAGGAGACAGUUGUCUCCUCCGCAGCUGUCAGCAGCGAGACAGAAAGUGGGGACCUUCCUGAGGCGAAUGAGGGAGCCGCAGAGGACGCGGAAGGAAAGGAGACAGGCCGUCAACGGCGAAGACUUGCGAGCCUAGCGACGCUGCAGACCGCUCUCGUGAGGGCCAUGCUUGUAGGCGACGCCGCCCUGCAUGCCUUGACAGAAGUCUCCCUGCGACGAGAAGCCGACGAACUGGUCGGCGGCGGAGAUUGCGGAGGCGGUCUUCUGUCUGUGUCUCCUCGGACUUCGAAGCGUCGGGAAAAGGCCGAGGCGAAGCGUGAGAGGAGCUGCGCGCGGAUGGAGAUACGGCGAGGCAGCGAGAGAAGCAACGCCAAGGACGAACUUGACGCAUCGGAAGAGGAACCAGCUCGAGAGAGAAAAGAUCGGUCACCUCUGCGAGAAUGCCUCGAGACCUUGCCCGCCUCAUUCGCCUCAAGUAUUUUCCUUCUACACGCCGUCACCCUUCUGCGGGUCCUCCCUCCACUGCCCCUAGAGAACGUCCACGCUUCGUCUUUUGCCUCUUCUUCUUCAAGCUCUUCUUCUUCUCGGUUUGGGGGCACCCACGAGGCUUUGACAGACGAACUUUUUCUUGCGGAAGCCGGCGACAGAAAGGCGCCUUUGAGGGACCCGGGGGACGCAUGCAGUGCACCCUUGACAGGCGAGAAUUCGACCGCCUGGCUGUCGCAGCUCGCGCGCGGCCUGAAGCUUCAGUGCAAGGAAACGAUCGCCGUUCUGUUUCUUCUCUCAGGCUCCUCAAAGGACUUGAGUGGGCAUGUGCCUCUGCAGCGUCUCCAGCGCCUUCUGCCUGCUGCCGCGAGCUCCAAGCUUUUCAGCCUGUUUACCUGCAUUUGUCGUCUCCUUCGAAGAAUUCUGCUCGCUGCAUCGACAGUCGUCACCGCUGGUGCGCCCGGCACUGCGACUGCAGACAAAGUCCCUAGAGGUGUCUGUACACCUCAGUCAUCGUCCUCGCGUCCCCUCUCGGCUUCGGACUCUCCCGUCGCGACUUCGGGCAGCUGGCCUGUCUCUGCUGCUGGUUCAUCUAUUCCUCCGUCUGCGGUGGCUUCUGCAGCUGCUUCUGAGCUCCCGUCUGCACUUCGUUCAGCGUUUCUGCGACCCUCUGUGUUCAGUCAAGAGGACCUGCACCUGGUCGUCGCGGGCGUCUCUGCUCUUGUCUCUCAACAGAGCAGCGGGGGUCGCUCCGGGAAGGCCUCCGAGGCGCUCCAGGCAGCAACCGAUCUUCUUGCGACAUUUUUCCUCGAGAUCCCUUCGUUGCGACCUUCGAUUUUCAUAGCUCUCCUCUCCUCUGUGCCUGUCGGCGCUCGCUCGGCUUCCGCUCGAACGCGUCCAGGACCUGGGGCCUCCCAUCACUCGAGUUCUCUCCCUUCUCAUCCAGACCAUGCACCACAGUUGCUGGCUGUUUCUCUUCCUUCGGCGCCGCCACCCUCUCUGCGUUCGUCACCUUCGGCACCGUUCACGGCCUCUGACCGAUUUCGAUCUGCGGCCCAGCAUUUGCUUCCUGCCGCCGUGCUCGUCGCGCGUCUCCUUCAGUGUCUCUUCCUGCCUCGAUUGAGGCGCCAGCGAUCGGGUCUCGCCUUGGCGCGCGUUUGCGAGGCGGGGAAGAAGUUCGGAGAAACAUGGGAGCGCAGAGCUGCCGACUUCGAGACGCGUCGCUGCGGAGAGGAGGGAAAAAGCGAGCAGCCGAGUUGUGCGUCUCGGCGCCUCUCGCGACUGCUGUGGAGAGGCGAGCGCGUUGCGCUUCUCCUCACGCGCUUCCUCCUCGCGCGGGCAUGUCCGAACGGCAUGAGAGUCCUCGACAGUCUGCGAGGCAGAGACGCGUGGAACUGCGGGAGCAGCGGCUUCGCGCUGCUUCUUACGGGGACAGAGAGAUCGAGGACAGGUUACGAACGGCGAGUGGGGGAGCCGGAAACCAAGAACGCAGAGAGCGAAGAAGACGAAGCGGAUGACGAGAUCUUGAACGACUUCCAGGAAGGAUUCAAAGAAACGCUCGGCUUCGCCGGGGCACCGCCAGACGGCCCACACAGUGAAGGCUCUGCACCGCGUGCCAUGCUCCGGAGACUCGUCGAAGAAUGGGGACUUAUGAGUUUUUAUCCGUCACUCCCUGGUGCAGUUCUGCUUUUUCGGACGUUGGUCGCAUCUCUGCUCCACAUCCUUCUCAGCAUCCUCCCCGUCAGUGCCUCGAUCGCAGGUCGUCUGAAGCAGCGGGGCGAAGAGCCGCUGAAGCUUCUGGCUCGCGUGCUUCUGACUCAGAAGUCUUUCGCGCCUCCUCUCGCAGGUCUCCCUUCUCGUCUCGGGACCGCUCCGUCUCUCUCUCUUCCUGUUUCUGCGCAUGCGUCCUCGACCUCGACAUCUGUGUCGACUCUCUUCGCCUUCGCCGAGACUGCACUCUCUCUUUUGUCCGCGGCGGCGCCCUUCCUCUUCCGCGGUCAGGCCCCGUCUGCUUCUCUCUCCGUCGUCGUUCGGCCUCUCCUCGGGUGCCCGGGCGAGUCGGAACUCCUUGAACAAGCAGCAGAGACGGAACGUGUUUGUGUGGGGAAGCGCGCCUGCGAGACAGAGAGGGCUCCAGCGUCCAGCCAUUUCGCAACGCCUCUGGACGGUGCGCCUUCUUCGAGCAACGGGCCAAGAUGCUGUGUCUGUCAAGGUCCAGUUCUCCCCGAAACCUCAGGAGAGAGCAUGGACGACGGGCGACCAGGCUCGACGCGCGCAGGUGAUGCAGACGUGAGCGCAACUUCGUCCACUUCAGUGGCGGAGUGUGAGGACUGUGGGGCGCUGGCGCAUGCAGCCUGCGCCGGCGUAGGCGCCGAGUGCGGCGGCUCUUCGUCGAGCUCGUCAGAGCCUCUCUCGCGUUCGAACGUCAACACUGGGACCACUGCAGACGCGUCUGUCGUCCUCGUCCACUUCCCGUGGAUGUGCGAGGGCUGUGCGCUGCGACGGAUUGUCGCUCACGGUCUAAAGGUCUCUGCCGAUCGCUGCGACGCUUCUCUCUCUCUCGCCUUCGCGGACGUUCUGCCGGUCUCCGCUUGGGACCAAGAACCGCGUACGGGAGGAGUCGACGAAACUCGAAGCACGCAGAGAGAAGGCACCGCCGACGCGGAAGGCAGUCACGCUGUGGGGUCGCGAGGUGACAUGUUAGCGGUGACAGGAGUGAAGCGAGCUCACUGGCUGCAUGGGAGGCGCAGCGAAGACUUUCUGCCCUUCUUGUCGCAAACAGUCGUGGGUGCGUGUCUCCUGCUGGCUCACCUGAACGGUCCUGGAGGCCGCGCCGCUUCCGCGCGCGUCUUGGGAGCCCAAGAGGGUGUCUCUGCGGGUGAGGCGCAGCGCAAGGGUCCGCGCGGAGACAGGCGCCUCCUCGGCUACGACCGCGCGUCUGCGUCACUCAAGGCGCUCGAGGCCUUGGGGCGGCAGGAAGAGACGCACGACACUCGCCAGCUGGGCGACGUCGAGCAGGUGGCGGUGCGCGUGUCUGCGUUGGCCCUCCUGGACGCGGCGCAAAAACACCCUGUCUCCUUUACGGGCGCGGGUUUGGAGCCCAAGGCUCCAAGAGCAGGAGACAGCACCCCGGCGACGCGCGGGAGACAGACGCGGCGCGGCGCGUCUCAAAAACGGCGACAGAAAGGCAAGGCUGAGAAAGAGAGACUCCGUUCGAACGCGGAGGCUCUUGGUGGCAUGGCAGACGCAGAAGAAGGACGACAACGAACUUCUUUGACUGGGGGAGGGCCUGCUCCUCCCCGCAAUCUCCCAAACGCACUAUGGGAGGCCAUCUGCGCCAUAGAGUGGAAAACAGCGGACGAGAUGAGACGCGGCUUCGGUCUGUCAAAGGGUGUGCGCCUCCCGAGGCCUCGGGGCCAAGAGGCCCGCGGCGCCGACUCGGAGACCGUCGAGAGGCGCGUGGAGGGCGCCACAGGCCUCGGGGGCCUUGGGAGCGACCCCCCGCCGGAGACACUGAGCCGGAGCGGACUGCGCCUCGCCUGUGAGGUUCCGCCUACAAACGGAGCGGACGCCGAGCACGAGGAGGACGAGUCAGCCUGUUUCGACGACGGACAGGCGGCGCGCGUGUGGGACAAGGAGGUCGUGAGCUUGUUUUUCAAGGACCUUCGAGUUCUCUUCAUGAUCGCAGUGCAGUCCUCCCUGCCGCGGAGAUACAGCAUUGGCAUCAAACGCGGGGCUCUGACGGCGCUGUCGAGCUGUCUGCAGGAGCAGCCUGAAGCGCUGCAGGCCUCGGACCUUCAGCAGGCCCUCUGGGAGUCUCUGAGAGAUCCUGCGCCAGCCGUGCGAGACCGGGCUCUCGUCGUCAUCGAAAAGAUUCUUUUUUCUUCCUUUUCGCGUCGCGUCUUCCCGCCGCCUUCGUGGGCGGACUCGGCUGCCGCAGGGACAGCUUCAAAGUCACCAGAUCAGAAGCGAGUGGACGGAGACACAGGGCGAUCGAGCGUGGAGCUCUUUGCCGCAUUUCUGGCCUCGUCGCUCGUUCACGACCCCUCUGCGGCAGUUCGCCUCCAGGCUGUCCGCAUGCUCCGAAACUACUACUUAAAUGCGCCGCAUCUGCAUGCAGGCCUUUUGUACGAACCUCGGGGAGCUCGGGCUUCAUCCGCGUCUUGUUCAUUUCCUUCCGCGUCGCUCUCUCCUCAGCGCUUACAGAUGACUCGCGACGCGUUUCUCUCCUUGGCGCGCCGGCUGCAUGCACCCGGACUGGAGAGUCGACACCUUCGCGCAUCGAUCGCCGACUUGUUUGCAGAGUUUUUCUUUCUCCUCCCCUUCUCAGCCGCUCUCCAGGAGUCUUGCUCACUUCUUUCCCCGUCGACCGAAAAACUCCAGUCCUGUUCUGCCUCCUCUGCUUCCUCUUCUCUGUCUUCUUCCUCAGCGUCACCGUCGUCAGAUUCGUCUUUUCUUGCGUCUCCCCCUUUCGCCGCUCGCGCAUCUGGCGAGCCUCCGGCGGCUCUCAUCUGGCUGCUCUCUCAUGUGGCGGCGUCGGUUCGGGGUCGUCACUGGCCCUGCGACGAGCAGAAAGGCGACGCCUCGCAGAGCCUCUCUCUCCAGGUUGGCGACGCAUGCAUGCAGCACAACGACACUCUCUUCUCCGGCAGCCAAGUCCCCUUCGUGCAGCGGCUUCUCGCCCUCGUGGUCGACCGUCUCAGCCACGGCGCGACCGUUGCCCUCGCCUUGGGCUCCAGCGACGCCGCGACCCCGCCGCGCUUGAAGGGACAGAGACACGCUGGAGACGCGUCCCCUGUCCCAGCCUCGCCCCUCGCUUCGCUCUGUCCGUCUUCACAUCGGGGAGUCCGGAGCGCCUCGCUGUCUCGGCCUCGCCUCAGCUCGAGUGGGCAGAAGGUGCGACGCGGCCGUGGAGUCCAGAGAGACAACGAGCAGGUCGAGUCGCUGUUUCGCGGCCCUUCGUCUGCCUCGUCUCGCUUCGCCUCGCAGGCGAGUCACUGGACGAAGCGAAUCGUUCACCUUUGGCUCGAGGGAAUUCUCCGUCUCUUCCUGCGUUGCCCGCUGCGCUGUCCCCCGGAACAGGAGCCGGUGUCGAGCUCGGGCCCUCCACACGCAGCUGCGGCUCUCCGCCUCUUGGAAUUGGCUGGAGACUUUCUUGGAACCGAGGAUCCCUUCGGCGCUUGCGAGCUUCUCGUCAGGUCCGGUCUGCCUCUGCUGCUUCCGCUCUUCAAAGCCGCACCGCCGCUGCCGCCCCACACCACGGCCAUCCUAGGAAAGAGCCUCGGCUUCGUCGCGACGCUUUGCCAAGUCGUCGGAGCCCGCGAGCGAGCAGAGAGACAGCAGUGCCGGGGAUUUGUAGACGCGGGAGAGGGAGAGGAGGUGGACGUGGACGAGAAGAAGAGGGAGGAAGGAGAGGGGACGAAGAAGCCCAGCGGCCGAGAGGGAUGGGAGACAAGAGCGUUCGCUGCCGGCCUGGAAGGCUGCUCGCUUCUCUUCAACUGUCUCAGACGCGAACUCGAUGCCGGGCCUCUGGAGGAGAUCCACAGACUGGUCGAAGUCGAGCCCCUCGUCGUGAAGGAUGGCGUCCGGUGUCUGUACACCGCAGCGACGUGUGUGACGGGCGACCUGGAGAACCACGUGGGGAGGCUCCUUGCAUGCAGUUUGGCGCCGCUGUACGACGCGCGCGCGAAGCUCGAGGCCCUCGCUGAGCAGAGCGUCAGCGGGGGGCUUUCUACAGGCCUGAACAUGGGGGACGCUCUGGGGGCGAGGCGAGCGAAAACGGAGGAGACCUGCGACGAUGGAAAAGAAAGGGAGGAAGAAGGGGAUGCAGGAAAGGACGAAGGAGGCUGGGAGAGGGAGACGCGAGCGGGGACGAAACGCGAGAACGACGAGAAGACAAGAGGCGAGGAAAGCGUCACUGGAGAUGCAGAGACGAUGCCAAACGUUUCGACACACUUGCCUUCAUCUUCGCUCUCUGUCGAGAGGGAAAGAGGCGACCAGAAUCAAAUUCUCGCCGAAGGACUCCACAACGUCCAGUACGCCUCCUGGGUGGCUGCGCGCCUCUUCUGCGAGCUUGACUUCGACCGCGACUUCUUCAACGACCUUCCCGAGUUCUCCGACGAAGAAGACAAGACCGAAGAAGAACAGGAGGCUGACGAGACAGGAAAGCUGGAAAGAAGCUUCGAGAACGUGGGGAAGAGGCAGAAAGAUUUUCGAGGAGUCUGCCGCCCAGAACAAGAAGACCAAGAGACCUCAAAGAAGCCGACUCCAGUUCGCGACCUCCCACAGGCCGAAGUAGAAAAUACGCCCCGACCUUCACAUCAGGACCCCUCAUGUCGUAGAUCGCUGCAAACGUCUCACAACUGUCUUCGGCCGCCUUCUGGUCAAAUCCGUCUGCGUCUUCUGCGUCGCCUCAUUCGCACUCUGACGCCUCACCUUCCGCGCCGCUCCUCGCCUGUGUGCCGUGUCUCCGGUGACCCUCUCUCGAGUGUUUGCAUUUUCACCGCCGCCUCCCCGUCUGCUGGAAUGUCUCCUCGCCUGCAUGCGAGAUCGCUGCCGCCGCCGAGAGGGUGGAGAGAGGCGGAAGCUGCGGACGACGAAGAGGGAGAAGAACGCGACGGAGAGAACGGAGUUCCUGGAGGUCUUCGCGAGAAGUCCUGCGGACAUCAGACAGGCUGGCAGAGCUUCUGGGACCUGCCGUCGGAGUUCUUCCGACUUCUCGUCGACCUUCUGUUUCUCUUCGAAGUCCUCAGACUUCCCAGCUCCGUCGUCUGGCGCUCGUUCGCCCACUUCCUCGGCCGCCACCCGGCGUUCGUCUGCCACCGCAGUGUACAUACACUCCUGGCGGCUGUGCUGGCGCGCGGCGCGUCUGGCCUCCGGAUGAGUUUUCGCAGGAAACGCGGUCUCCGUCCGUUGCCUCUGAAGGCGCCACCCUGUCCAUGUUCGGCAGCGGUCCCUUCACGUCACUCUGCAUGCAACGCCGGCCACCGCGGAGGUUCAGAGUCGGCAGCGGCUCUUGCACAGGAAGCCUUUGAAGAAGAAUUUGGCAGCCUCUGGAGCGUUUCUGGAGGACACACAGACCCCCUGCCUCGAGUCAAGGAAGAAGGCCGAGACGCAGACGAUAAAGAAGGUGGAGAGCGAAGAGACGGAGGACCUGACAGAGUCAAACAGGACGAAGAGGGAGGCUGGGAAGCCGAUUCGGAACUGGUGGAGACUCGAGAUUCUCCGGAGCUUCAAGCGGCACUCCAGGGUUUGGGAUCCUUGCUUUUGGCAUUUGAGGCGCAUGCAGUUUCGACGAAAAAGCAUGCGGAAUCUCGAGCGUCGCGACAGGCGGUGGCCAACACCUCCACAUCUUCCUCUUCGCAGUUGGUGACCCCCACAAGGCCUCGAGUACCCAGGGCUUCCGCCUUCGCCGCUUCUUCUCGUCCCUCGUCGGUGCGAACGGCGCAUGCAACCAGCCGGCCGCACCCCUCGGGUGUACGUACAGCCGAGGCGACUCCGCCACGUCCGCAGAGAGGGGCGACGCGCGUGGAUGUCUCCGAGCUGUCUCGGCCUCGUUCGUCUUCGCUCCGAGAGACAGACGCCAGGUCGGUCUUUGCUGCGUCUACCGAACUGGACAGGAAAGAAAACCAGAGUCUGUCUCGACGUGGAGAGGCCCAAGAGAUUGACGCGUCUGUGGUGAGAGGCGCUCUGUCUCCGGUGACGGGGACGACGUCUGAUGAAGCCCGAGCAGGGGCGAUAUCUGCAUGCGAGGCUGCCCAGUCCCUGACCAUCCACCUGCCGGCUCUCCUGGAGAUUCUCCUCCCUUCUCAAAUGCUUCUCGACGCUAGGCCACUGUCCGGCGAGGCGAAUUGCGUGCACUGGCAAACGCCACCGUUUGCGGUGUCUCCGCAGAUAGUCGACCCAAGCGGGCUCAGCGAACGGAGUGCGAGGCUCUGUCUCCAAGUACUGCGAGUUUUUCAAAGACAAGGCUUGGUGCACUCAGGCGACCUCUUCGCCCACGCCUUUGCUUGUCUCUGUGCUGCGUCGGGAGCUGUGAGGCAAGCAGCGGGAGACCUGCUUCUACAUGCGUUGUCUUCGGCUCUUCCGGUUUCUUCACAUCGCUCCUCUCUCUCUUCUUCUCGCCGGGAAGGCUCUGGAAGGGCCGCGCAAAGCUCAGGGUCACUUCUCGCCUCGGGGCUUCAUGAGGCGCUCUUCCUCGCUGUCAAAUUCACCCUUACCUACCAGACGGCCUGCGCAGAGGAGACGAAGACGGCAGACCGACAGGAAGAAGGAGGCAAGGAGGGACAGCAGGAACCGGAAAGAGGAGACGAACAAGGAGUGAGAGAGUCGAGAACGAAGUCCGAAGAGCCAGACGCUCGAUUAACUUCUGUCGCGCCUGAGCCAUUCUCGCUGCUGCCCUCGUGGACGACGCCUGCACCGUUCGCCGGACUGUGUCGCCACCUGAGUCGAGAUUCGCGAGCUGUGAAAGAGGAACUAUUGUGGUCCGUGGCAGGGCAGCUGGAUCGUCUGGCGGAGCCGACUCGUCUCGCUCUUCUCUUGACGCUUCUUCCUUCCAGUACUUUCUCAAUCGCUUCUUCUUCCUCUUCUUCAUUGUUUUCCUCUGGUGGGCCUGCACCUCUCUUUCCACGUUCAUCGACACUCGACGAGAGAAGCGAGCAUGAGGGAAGCGCGGAACGUUGUUUCUUGGCCUGCUUGCACCUCGCCUCGCCUUCUGCUCUGUCGACGACGCUCUCCAGAUGGCUCGUCCAUCCUGCCCUGCACUGGCUCGCCUCUCUCCUUCCCCGCGCUCAGGAGCACCGCGACGCCGGACUGUUGCCUGCUUGUGCGUCGGGUGUCUCCGCAAGUCCCGACACGGUGUCCAGCGCGUCGACGCUCCCGGCGGCGCCUCCGCCUCUCGCGUUCCCCCUCAAUCUCCUCUGUCUGCCCGUCCUCGUUCUGCUGUACAUACAGCAGACCGUUUCGCUGCUUUUGUCCAUGCCGCUGGCGAGCGAAGGCGACGCGCUGCUUCUCGUGUGUCGCCUGGCGGACCUCGUGAAUACGCGCAUACAGCGCAUCCAGGAAGUUUUUUCAGAAGAGCCGUUUUUCUCUUCUUCUCGCCGAAGAGAGUCGAACGACGAAGAGGCGAACGCGUCUGUGGGAGAAGGUCAGAGAGACGGAGACGAACUCCGGGGCGCCGGCGGACAGGCGACGACGCCAGCGGCAAAGCGCGGCUUCUCGCCGUCCACGCCUUCCCAGUGUCCCCAAGACAUCUUUGAAGAAGGCGAGGAAGAAGAGGAGAGUUUUGAGGCAAGCGUCGUUCUGCUUUGUCAAGUUCUCUGCGUUGCAUUCGCCGUCCUCUGUCGGCGAGCGUUGAUGAGAGUCACGCACCUCGACGAAGCAAAGUGUCGCCUGUUCCGCGCCGCGCAGGCUCGCAACGGGCCGAGAGGGAGAACCGCUGGGGCGCCGGAGUCGCUGCGACGUCGCCCCAGCCACGACGGCGCCUCGGCCUCAGAGCGAACGGAGACAGAAGACGAAGAGGAAACGGAGGAGGAGAUCAAAGAACGACGAAUGAAACCUCGCAAAAACGCCAAGAGAGGGAGAGCGAAGAAACCGGCACGCGGCGGCCGACCGUUCGACCAGGCGAUGAAGAGAAGGAAGACUGAGAAGCGACGGUGGAGUCAGGCGACGUCCGAAGACGACUCGUCUCUCUCUGACUCAGACUCAUGUACACGCGACCCCCCGCGGAGAAGAAGCCGCAAGAGGGUGCCUCGACAAGGAGGCGCUUCGAAGGACUCAGACGCUGCGUCGUCCGCCGACUUCUCGGACUCCUCUGAAGAGCCAGCGACCGUCGCGGACAGGGCAGACGCGGUUCGCGGGAGGCGCGCGCUUUCGCCAGCUGCUCGAGUGGACAGAAGAGCCGCAAGACAGACGGACAGAGGCGUCAGUGCCGACAAACAACGACUGGCGGCUCUGCGACGACUCGGCGAGGCUGCGUUGCCGCCAGAAACGCAAGGAGUCGCAGGCUUCUCCUCGCGGGAGAGCGAGGCGCUCGUUGCUCGCGUUGGCCGCGCCUGGCGCAUGCGGCUGGAGCGACUGGGGGGCCUGCCUGCCGGAGAAACGGACGCGCAUGCAGCGGCGAGGAGACACCAGCGUGGCGAGUCUCUCGCAGAGUUGCUUCAGGAAUUUGUCAGAGAAGUCGACGGUCGACGCGACGCGCGGCUGGACGACGAGCGGACCGCGAAGACGACGCAGAAAAAAGACGGUCGAAAACACAGAAAGAGAAAGAGAGACGCCUCCGAAGAAGACGCAGAAGAGGAAGAGGAAGAAGAUGAGAGUGAGGAGGAAGAAGAAAAUGAGCAGGAAGAAGAUGAGAGUGAGGAGGAAGAAGAAGAAAAUGAAGAGGAAGAAGAAUGGAAUCAGGGUCGUGGUCGAGUGUAUGUGAAAAGCAGCAGCACACCGCAUGCAGUGCCUGAGGGAAGGACCAUCGAAGGAAGGAUAAACGUUUGUUCUCGUGUGAGUCGACAACGGAAAACGUCCUUGCCUGCGUCUCGCCGAGACGCGGGAGAAGUGGAUCUUCCAGGGGCGAACGGGCGGACUUCCGUGAAAAGUUCAAAGAAGCCGGGGAAAGUGGAAGGAAGGCAUUACGCGAAAAAAGGAAAACACAGAAAUCGGGUGCCUUCGUCAGCGUCGCUGGCCGAGGAGCAAGCCGUAGGCCGGCGUCCAAGGAGCGGCGAAACUGAGCCUUCACGGACAGGGACCGAAAAGAGAAAAACAGUGAAGGAGAUGAAAAUCAAACAACAUGCCAGUGGGAGCGGAACGAAAGGAGAGGCCAAACGCACCGAAAAACGAGGGAAGAAAACACACACGGCAAAGGCCAAGGUAAAAUCAAGAUGA